CACUGAUUAUCUUGAAUAUCCGUGUCUUGUACUAUAAAUACGGAAGCACAUGGAACAUUGUAUACAAACAGAAAAAAGUGGCAAUAUUCAGCAUUUAACAAAAGAUAUCAUUAUGUUGCUGCAAAUAACAGUUCUGGUAGCAAUAAUUGCAUCUGUGUUCGGACACGGAAGACUUGUUUCUCCUCCCGGUAGAUCUACGAUGUGGCGUUAUGGAUACAAAACACCUAAAAAUUACAACGACAACCAAUUAUAUUGUGGUGGCUUCAAUACACAAUGGGCAGUGAAUGGUGGAAAAUGUGGAGUAUGUGGAGACCCUUGGAAUGAAGCGCAUGAUAACGAGGCUGGAGGGAAAUAUGCAAACGGUAUUGUUACUGGACACUAUAAAUCAGGACAGACAAUUGAGGUCAAAGUCCAAGUCACUGCUACUCAUCUUGGAUACUUUGAGUUCCGUCUUUGUCCAGUAAAUAAUCCACGUCAACCAGCUACACAAGCAUGUCUAGAUAGAUAUGUACUGCAACAACCUAGUGGUCAGACUAAGUUUUACGAACCAGGUGCAAUUGGUACAUAUACAGUUCAUUUGGUACUCCCUCAAGGGUUGUCAUGCAAGCAGUGCGUUUUACAAUGGAAAUGGAAUACGGGGAAUUCAUAUAAUUGUGAUAACAACCAUAAAUGUUGUAUUGGCUGCGGACCACAAGAACAGUUUUAUGGCUGUGCAGAUAUAGCUAUUGCAUCGUCAGGAACCAGUCAGUCUUCUGGUACUGGUACCGGUGUUCAACAAGGACGCCCAUUUAGCUUCCUACCAAUUUUAGGACAUGCUAUUGGUACAUGCAAAGCAACUCCACUGUUUAAAAGACGUAAUCCGUAUGCCGACCAAUACUGUGUUUCUCUAUGCAACCAGAAUAAAUGUCCACCAAGUACAUACUGCACGGAUGCUUGUAGAAAACAUUAA